UUUUCUCUUGAAAAGUUGAACUUGAAGGAAUGUUUACAUGAAAACAGGAAAGGAAGGCCAAGCUUGCAAGCCCUGUGUUUACUGGUGAAGGCGCUGUGCUUUCCUGACUGAUAGAGAGUUGAACCGGUUCUGUUCACCCAUGCAGGACACUAAGGAAGAUUUCUCAUUCGCCAGGUGGUGACGGAUGGGGAAGUUCUCACUGUGGACCACCAAAACACACUGCAGAUAGUUAUGGCAUUCACUGCCACACAUAUCUUGGCCAAAUUCAGCUGGGUGCCAACUGCUGGUGCUAUAUGUGCCAGUUUGCCUCUCAGCUUCACCGUGGCAGUGGCCGGUGGUGUCGUUUGUACGCCUGCCAUGUAUGUAUCCGAUUCUGUGUCGAGAAGAUUGAGGGAUGCUUUUUGUGAAUCUGGCUUGAAUAUCUUCCAGCAAGUAGUCAACCUUGCACUGGGGCACUUCAACAAUGUCGAGAUCGUAUGGCAUGGCGAGAGGCUUCCGGCAGAGCAGGAAAAUGCUAUUGUCGUGUGCAACCAUCAAUGUACAGUUGACUGGAUGCUUGUGGGAAUGCUGGCAAGUCGUCAGGGAUGCGCACAAGCUGUGCGUUUCAUGCUGAAGGAUAGCCUCAAGUAUAUUCCUAUUGUCGGCUACUACCUCAAGCUUAUUGGCUGUGUGUAUGUGAAACGUGGUACUGGUGAUAGCAGUGGCAUUCAACGGCAACUUCAGUAUGUCGUCGAAAACCAACAACCGAUCUGGUGGGUGGUGUACCCAGAAGGCACGCGCUAUGAUAAUACCAAGCCACGUCUGAUAGAAGCAAGCCACCAGUUCUCUCGUGAAAGGGGUUUGCCAUUAUUACAGAAUGUACUGGUGCCAAAGUCUAAAGGAUUUGAGGUGUCUGUUGAAGCGCUGCGUGGCCAUUGCCAAGCCGUCUAUGACAUCACGGUUGUCUACACGGCGAGAAAUGGGCGGAAAACAAGCAGCCAACGUGAUCCCGCGCCCUCUAUGACAGACUUUGCUGCAGGCCGGUGCUCACGUAUUGAUAUUCAUCUGUCCCGCAUCGCCAUGGCUGACAUACCGCAGAACCCUGCAGUGUGCCGCAAGUGGCUGUUGGAUCGCUUCAUUGACAAAGAUAGGAUUCUAACUGAAUACUACGAGAAACGCAGCGGGGUGCUGGUGGACGAUCCGUACCACUGGCCGCUGUCACUGCGCCGCUCGCUCCUCGGUGCACUGCCGGGUCUGCUCGGCGUUGGGCUGCUGUUCAGCGAAACAGGCCGCAAGAUAAGUCUGUCGCUUCUUGUUGGCUCUAGCCUAGUGGGCUGUUUAGGGUUUCUGCUGUAGCUUUCAGCACGGCUUCACAUGUGCAACAUCACGCUGUAGUCUAGUUUUUAAUUUAUAUUUAAUUUGUGCCUAGGUUUUUGUUUUGAAUUCUUCUUAACGUUUUAACCUAUUCUGCAUGUGCUGGUCAUAUGUUUUGUAGCUUUUUGAUUUUUCUAGAAAUUUUUCAAUAGUUACAAGUUACGUCUAGGUUUCGUAUCUGCUGGUUGCUAGUAGUACAGUCAGACCUCGCUUAACCGCACACAUCCGUUUUCCACAAAAAAUAUCCGGAUAGGCGAGGGAACCGGAUAACCGAACACUGUUUAUGUUGGAUGCAUCACGUAUGCUGUAAAUGUGUAACCAGAUAUUUUCUUCCGGAUGGCGAGGGAUCCGGAUAAAAGAGGACCGGAUAAGCGAGGUCUGACUGUAUUUCAGAUUUUCUUCAGGCUGUGUACUCGUAUAGUCAACCUCGCAAUAACAAACUCAGGAACACAACAACUCACGAAAACCGUUACUAUCUUCAAACCUAGUAUCCUUUGGACGCGUACUUUCAACCAGGGAAUAGUUUACUGCUCCAUGCUUUCAAUCUUGCGAGUAACAACACCUCCCUCGUGCCCACUCGAGGGUUGUUAUUCGCAAGGUUGACUGUAGAUACCUUGAGCCCUGGGGCCUUUUGUAUUUUUAAAUUAUUGGGAAUUGUGCAGGAAAGAGGCCACUUGCGUUCGUGAUGGUGUAGGGUUUCCAUGUUGUUAUGAAGCGGCCGCGAGUGUAGUUGUUCCAGUGCACCUUAGGGGUUUUGUAUGUCUGUGUGAAUUCUCCUUCUUGCUAUGGCUUUCAACCAACUUGCAGCCUCACAUUCAUUCUUCUUGAUAUUUCACCCUGAUUUGGGGUGGCGUAGUGUGUACUGUAUUCGUGUUGGAAUUCUACUUUUCGUUAAACACAAACAUGUGCACGUACAGUAUGUAUUCUGCACUGUACUGGCGCAUGUACAUACCUCGAAGUA